AGGUCACUGCUGUCACUCGGUAGCUAACCAGCCGAAGGAAGCGGAGGAGACCCAGCAGAAGAACGUGAAGAAGGAACCGGCAAGAACCAGCACCAUGUCUCUGUCUAACAAACUCACCCUGGACAAGGUGGACGUCAAGGGGAAGCGGGUCAUCAUGAGGGUCGACUUCAAUGUCCCAAUGAAGGACAAGCACAUCACAAACAACCAGAGGAUCAAGGCUGCUGUUCCCAGCAUCCAGCACUGCCUAGACAACGGGGCCAAAUCCGUAGUACUGAUGAGCCACCUGGGCCGCCCUGAUGGAAACUUUGUGCCUGAGAAAUACUCUCUGGAGCCCGUCACCGCUGAGCUCAAGACUCUUCUGGGGAGGGACGUCACCUUCCUGAAGGACUGUGUUGGUGCCGAGGUGGAGGCUGCCUGCGCCAACCCCGCCACCGGAUCUGUCAUCCUGCUGGAGAACCUCCGCUUCCACGUCGCCGAGGAGGGAAAGGGCAAGGACGCCUCUGGAAACAAGACCAAGGCCACCCAGGCAGAGAUCGACUCUUUCAGGGCGUCUCUUUCCAAACUGGGAGAUGUUUACGUCAAUGAUGCGUUCGGCACGGCUCACAGAGCCCACAGCUCCAUGGUGGGAGUGAACCUGCCUCAGAAGGCGGCCGGCUUCCUCAUGAAGAAGGAGCUGGACUAUUUUGCCAUGGCUCUGGAGAAACCUCAGAGGCCCUUCCUGGCCAUCCUCGGAGGAGCGAAGGUGAAAGAUAAGAUCCAGCUGAUCAACAACAUGUUGGAUAAGGUGGAUGAGAUGAUCAUCGGAGGCGGCAUGGCCUUCACCUUCCUCAAAGUCCUCAACAACAUGGAGAUCGGUACCUCCCUGUACGAUGGGGAGGGGGCCGGCAUCGUCAAGGACCUGAUGGCUAAAGCCGAGAAGAACAACGUCAAGAUCACGCUGCCCGUCGACUUCAUCACUGCAGACAAGUUUGACGAGAACGCUACCACUGGCACCGCCACCGUCGCUGCUGGCAUCCCCGCCGGCUGGAUGGGCUUGGACUGUGGACCAGAGAGCUCUAAGGCCUACGCCGCCGCGGUCGGCAGGGCCAAGCAGAUUGUGUGGAACGGGCCAGUUGGUGUGUUUGAAUGGGACAACUUUGCCAAAGGGACAAAGAACCUGAUGGACAAUGUGGUCGAGGUCACCAAGUCAGGCUGCGUCACAAUCAUCGGUGGAGGCGACACCGCCACCUGCUGCGCCAAGUGGAACACAGAAGAUAAGGUCAGCCACGUGAGCACAGGAGGCGGAGCCAGCCUGGAGCUGCUGGAGGGUAAAGUCCUGCCAGGUGUGGACGCACUGAGCAGCGCAUAAACUUUCCGCUGAAAAAGCCUGCUGGUUUGCUUGAAUGUGUGCGAAGUGUGUGUGAGAGUUGAGUAGCUACUCUUGUUUACUCCUGAAACCUUAAAAAACAGCACAUCUGCUUUAACAGCCGUUUAAUCUUCUAUUCAGUCUGUUUUUAAAGGAGAUUCUGUUAGUUCUGCCUUACUUCAACAAGUUGAGGAAAAUCUUCAAGUCAAACUGCUGGAAAUAGGAGUCAUUAGAUGAAACGACUUGUUAAGGAUGGAGUUUGUUGUUGAAUCCUCCUGUCGACCUGCUGAGUAAACCGCUGUGUAAUCUGGCUCUUCACCUCUUCAACACUGGCUCUUGUGUGAAUGUGUCCGUUUGUUUUGUGUCACUUUUACACAACCACGAUGGGAAAGAUCAACGCACCACCCUCAGUGUGUAUACAUACAGUAUAUAUGCAUAUAUAUAUAUAUAUAAAGGAACGGUUUAUGUUGUGUGUGUGUGCGUGUGUGUGUGUACGUAGACGUUAUGUCUUUAAAUCAUGUCAUUGGUUUCUGAGCGGCUCCAGACAGGGAUGUGUUGUCGAUGUCAGCUGAUCCGAUCCGAUUAAUAAAACCGUCUCUGUAAAAACUUUAA